GAAUACGGAAUGGUCUGUGUAAGCUCUGGAGUACAACUGUCAGUAAUGCUGAGUGGACGAACUCCCACGUCAACUACAAGCUGGAACAAGUCAGGACAUGUUACUUCUUCUUGGAGGAUAUCCUCGCGAGUACGAGUAUAAUUUGAAUGAAUAUGAAAACAAUGGAUAUGCUUCUCUUUUAUGAAUACGGCACAAUAUAGCAAUCGCGAAACACUUCGAAAAUACAUAAAGAAAUAAAUUCUUACAGCAGUGUCUGCGUUCUCAAUUUCUUCGGAUUUUUGGGAUAAAUCAACAGGUGUUGAAAAAUGGCUUUAAUCAAAUUGUCAACGUUUCAGCGUUUAUUUUGCGUCUUCGUCAGCGCUACA